UUUUAGGAAUUUUUCUCAAAUGUAAACGAUAAGCAAAAAUCAUUUAAUGGCAAAUAAAAUAAGGAAAUUCGGGAAGCAAAAAGUGUGCGAUGAGCAUUAGCACGGGAAUAACCAAUCAAACGAUGUAUCAUCGUAUCCAAAUGCCUAAAUCAUAUUAUGUGCCUUCGACAGAUGUUGUGACAACAAUUGUCCUACCAACAAUUGUCUUUUGUAUCGCCAUGGUAAUUGCAAUGAUCAUUGGCAUAAACAAAUGCAAGCAGUGGGAAUUGGAUAAAAUUGUUGAAAUGCGACGUACACGACGUGUGGUACAACGGAUGACAGCACGAUUACGUGAGAAAAAUUUCCGGACUAUACAAAAAGCUCGCAGCAUGCGACAACGAAAAAGGGAACUGUUCAAAGCCAAAUCAAGCAUUCAGAUGAACGAUUUGAUGGUAACCAACAACACAUCUCCGCCAACUUACUCUAUAAAUCCGCCCACCCAAUACGGUACUUCACCGCCGCCUAGCUAUGAGGAUGCACUUUUGGAUGAAUUUUUCAAUGAAUGUCAGCCAAUACAGUACUAAUUAAUCAAAUGAACUUGAUGGCAAUCAAUAACACAGAUUGAUGGGCCGACUUUUUAAGAUACUAAACAAAACGCUGAAAGAUUUUUAUGUUUUAAGCCUUGAACUUCAAAUUUUAUGUAAAUUUGAGACAGAAUAAUAAAAUUUAAU